AUGCAGUUCUCGGCCCAGCCCGAGAGUGGUGACAACGCCCUGAGAUCACCCACAGAGGAGUCUCUAGACGGCCUCGAAACGACAGAUCGCCCGGCUCCACUUGCGUGUCUCCAGUGCCAUUAUAUUCCAUCUCGAAGGGGUCUAAAGCGCCGCGCUCCUCAUGCUCCACCGGAGGACGAACGCCGAGUCCAUUGGAAACUAACUGCCGACUACGGAAGAGUCCCAGCAGGCGAAUCUCUCAGAGAAUCUGUCGGUAGCAGGCUUAUAGAGUCUAUCGGACAAACUCCUGGUCCCUCUUAUACGCAAGGCCAAGAAAGAUCGUCCGUGCCUGCGACUACUACCACCCCUGUGGAUCUUCCCAGUGCCUACGACGACGCUGCUACAACUAUCGAGGAUGACGAUGCCCUUAUUAAUCUCUUCCAUGCUAAUUUUCAUGCUGCCCACCCAAUUCUUGUACCGCGAGGUAGCUACAGUUCACAAGACUAUCCCGAUUACCUGAAGCUGGUGGUGCAUUUUAUUGGAGGCCACUUCUCUAGCAUGGCCUCGGGGGAUCAACUGCGUAGCCUAGCAGGCAAAGCGUUGGAGGAAGCCUUUGGAAAAGCUAGCCACACAUACCAUCUUGUACAAGGCCUUCUAUUAUUCUCAGUCGCUUUGCAUGCACGCAACGAGAUAAAAGAAUCAGUCCUCACAUUAGGCCAGGCUGUUUCCGUGGCUCUGAAGCUGGGCUUGCACAAGAAAGCCUUCUCCGAAUCCAUACUGGGAAUUGACGAGAUCGAGGAAGAAAGCUUGCGAAGGACCUGGUGGGAAUUAUAUGUGACAGAUGGCUUCAUGGCGGCCCUCCAGCGUGGAACUGGCUCUCGAUGCCAUGGAGUUCAUAUUGAUGUCCCCCUUCCUUGCGAUGACUCCAUCUACAUGGAAGGUGGAACACAAGCCAACAUUUUCACACUGGCCGAUUUCGAUGCUCGGAUAUAUAUGGAUGAAGAACUUCAGUUCUCGUCGUCGUGCUACCGCAUAGAGGCGGUGCGGAUUCUGUCACGCUCUUUGGCCAUCUCAUGGACCCACGAGGUUCAUGAAGACCAAGUGCAAGCCAUCGACAAUGCGCUCGCCGCCUGGCCGCAUCACCUUGGACAAGGUGCAGCAGAAGCAGCUAGUGCAUCAUCUGGUGCGGUUGAUGAAAUGCUGUUUCAAGCACACAUGAUUAUACAAUUCACGAUUAUUAAUCUACACUUCCCGAGAAGUGAUUUGGUGGCAGCUAUACCCGCCGCAUCGGACAUUAUUCGCCAAACUCAUGUCCUGCCGCUGUCGUCUAGAACCAUGCACGGUAUCAAGGCCAUCGAGGCUUCAAAGCAUAUGAGCAAUUUGGCUGCCCUACGAGUACCUGUCCAUAAGCACACCCCUUUCUUCAUAUGCGGGAUAGUCUUUGGAGUGAUUGUCCAGUUGUCAGCAUGCUGGGUACGGCCGGCAAGAUUCCAGGAGCAGUGCAGGGAUAGCGUCUCCCUCAUCGCUGGUGUUCUGAAGACCCUGAGUCCAACCUGGGCGCUGGCACAAAUUACACUCCGGAAGAUCAAACCGAUGGCUCUUGAGGCACUGACUACGCGCGCAAGGCAGGCUAAGGACAAGACCGGAUCUCCACGGGACAGUGGGGUUGAUGUGAGCCCGCCGGUGACUGAGCCUCAGAUCAAUGAUCUUCCGUGGCUGGAUUUCUUUCACUGGGCACCGGAUGAAACAGUUUCGCAGAUUAUUUGA